AUGCGUCGUAUCUUGUCGAGGAAUCGCUUCCCACUCACAACUCUGUUACUUGUAUCUUGUAUAGCAAGCGUUGCAGGACAGAACCUCGUCGUUCCCUCGAAUUGGGCGGGCACAACAUCGGAUCUCGAUUAUGAGGCGCGUGUUGCAUUGGCGAGCGGAGCAGCAGCAGCCCUGAACGCCAAUGUAAACCCCUCUGUCCAGACUAACCCAUCCAAAGGGGCCAGUCCUCCACAACUUCCUCAGUUGAGGUACUUCAGCAGCACCUUCGCUGUCUUCGCCCUACAAGACUACUACAGUGGCAACUCGACCUGGAACGACACCGUCGUAGACGGCAUUCUCGAUUACCUCAACGCUUACGGGUUCUACGGGAUACUGCCGAAUACAGUCAACUCUGACUCUGUGUACUGGGGGCUCGCGUUGUAUUACGCCUACCGUACGUACCGACAACAAGCCCUACUUGAUCAGGCUAUCGUCGCGUGGAACAUGACCUACGUCAACGGUUUCAUCACUCCCGAUGUAGCGGCUUCUGGCAACGGCGCCGGGCGCAACGUUUCGAUCUUGCCGCCCAGCAACUGCACUGCUAAUGGAACUUAUGCCGGAGGGGUGUUCUUUUACAAAGACGUGCAUAACGACACAGCAAUCAAUGCGUAUACGGUCGCGCCAUUCAUGACGCUAUCAGCAUACCUAUUCGAAGAGACCAAAGAGACUAUAUUCCAACAAGCCGCACAGUUAUCGUUGGACUUCUCCAUCAAUCGCCUUUGGAAUGGAACGGUCUUCUUGGACACGUUCUGGCCAUUAAGCUGCCAGUACCUCGAUAGCUGGACAUCACUAGACGAAUGGUACAUAGAAGGAAUAGCUGUCUGGGCGAAUAUCACUGGAAACGGCACCUUAACAACAUUUCUGGAAACGGUCAUCACCAAUGCCACGACUUUGAGCCUAUGGAAUCUUGACAAUGGCAACAUCAAAGAGUUCUUCGAUCCCUCAGAUUGGGACAGCAUUGAUAAAGGGAUCUACAUUCGAGCGCUCGCAGAAGCUCGUAGGCGCAACCCCGGGACAGCGCUUGCUAAGUACAUAGAGGCGUACAUCACAGUCCAGUUCAAUGCCCUUCUGACUCAUGCCCGUGCGCCGAACACGAACUAUUACACGACUGCAUGGUCAAGCGGACCUGCGAACUCAACAUUCUCAGCAUCCGGCAAUAUCGCAGCCUUAGACGUGCUUAAUGCAGUCUUCGAUUUUGUUGCACCAACCAUGUCGUCCUCAUCGCCAGGAAGCACGAAUUCAUCGGCACCUGGCAACCAUCCUCAGGUUACAAAGCCUGCGAGCAAGAGUUCCAAGACCGGGAUCAUCGCUGGAAGUGUGGUGGGCAGCAUCACGGCCAUUGUCUCCGUCGUCCUACUUCUCUUCUUGUGGCGGCGUCGCAGCCAACAUCUCAAUGCUGGCCCAUCACUCCCGCAAGACCCGUCCAGCCCGACCGGCGGAGAAGCCACAGCGAACACCGAGCCAUUCAUGCUGCUAUCCUCGCCUCUACCGCAUUCGGGCAAAUGGCAACGUUUCUAUGCCCCGCGUUCCGACGAGGGCUCUGCGCCAUGGUCUGCACCGCCAGUGAGCGAGCCCGAAGUAUCAAGCCCUUCGCAGAGCGCGGGAUACUACGGAGACGCGACAGAUCAUGCAGAGCUACCGACUCUGGUCCGUCGUCUUUACGACUUGUUGCAGGGCAAUCAUGGGUCUGGGGAGCUUCCACCUCAGUACGACGAACGCGAGCGGAGUUAG